UAAAGACAUAUAUAGCUCCAUCAGUGUUUUACAAACAAAAAGUGAAUAUUCAAUAAUGGAACUUACUGUAUUACUCCGUGUGAUAAUGUUUCUUUCAUAUGGAAACAGUGAACCAGCCUUAAUGAAACCAGGCAAUUUUCAUAGUGAAUGUAACUGUACAAGGAAUAACCAUUUACUGAUUACUAAUUGUUCAAAUUUAGAACUAUCAGAACUUCCAAUAUUCCCAUUAGAUGUUAAUGUCUUGGAUUUAAGUUUUAACAGUUUUGAAAUACUGAAAAAUAAAUCUUUUGACAAUCUACAUCAACUUAUACAACUGAAUCUAAGUAACAACCAAUUGUUACAUCUAGCUAGCGAUGCCUUUUACGGACUUAGUAGAUUACAAAAUCUUAAUCUCAACAGCAAUUACUUGAAGUAUGACUUGGAAUCAUUUCCUAAACUUAUUUUCAAGCCUCUGAUAUUACUCACACACUUGAAUGUAGCACAUAAUUCUAAACAUGCAGAUAAGUUUCCAGAUGAAGUGAUUUCACACUUAACAAAUUUGCGAAGCAUUUCAAUAGAUGCUAAAACAACUGAAUCGAAUGAAACACCAUUUGGAAUAGGAUUUCUACAAUUAAUCCAUCUUCAAACGCUUACUAUUCAUAAUUGCAACUUGCACUUCAAUUCAUAUACCUUUGAAAAUCUGAAAUAUUUACACUCUAUUGACCUUUACCGCUGUUUGAUACGUACUUAUACGUAUGGAACUUUAAGUGGAAGGCACCUGGAAUUUCUUAACCUUGUGAAAUUGCGGUUACGGACGGGAUAUAGUAAUAUUCGAAAUUCCAUCAUGGUUGACCUAUCAAAUACUACAGAGGGAACUUUGAUAAUGACUGAAAUGUUUAUUGAUCAGAAUAUACAUGGAAAUUUAGGUUAUCUAAUUAGAAAACUAGAAAACACUACCGUUCAGACGCUUUACUUGAACAGAAAUAACAUAUACAUGUUUGAAAAUGAUGUUCGUCUUCUUCCUAAAACUUUAAUGUUCUUAGAUUUAUCUAAUAAUGUAUUGGAGGCAUUAGUAAUUUCCAUGCCUAAUUUGAUUUUCUUAAACUUAACUGGGAAUAAGUUAGGCAAUUUUUUACAACGGAGCAGAUAUUGUCGCUCCAAUAUAACUAAACUAAAGGCCAUUUACCUGUCAGAUAACGGAAUUGACAGACUGAUUGUAUCAAUUUUUCAUGGACAUCCUCAGUUAGAAAUUAUUGACCUGAGCAGAAAUGCAUUAAUUGACAUCAACUUUGACCUUGCUCAGUUACAAAAUUUAAGAUUGCUUGAUCUUUCAAGUAAUAGAAUUAGUAGUUUAAGUCCAAUGUCAAUAAAUGUUAUCAAUGAAAUAUUUAAGAAAUCUGAUUUAAAAAUAAACUUGUCCAACAAUGUGUUGCAAUGUAGCUGUGAAACUUAUCAAUUUCUAAAAUGGAUGGCAGAAAAUAGUAAUCACUUUAUGCCGAGCAAUAAUUAUAAGUGCAGGUUCUCAAAUAGUUCUAUCUUAGAAAUUCAGGAAUUUAAACAUACAUUUUUACAGAUAGCGAGAGAAUGCGAAUCCCAUGCAGUGUUUAUAAUUUGUGUUUCGAUUGCCAUUUUUGCAAUGCUGACAGUGACAAUCGUAGGAUUAGUAUAUCGUUACCGUUGGAGGAUCCGUUACUUGUAUUACAUGACAAAAAGCAAAUAUAAACAAAACAAACCUGUUGAUAACUGUUAUCAACAUAAGUAUGAUGCUUUUAUUUCAUAUGCAGACAGUGAAGUAGAUUUUGUUCUGAAAGAUUGCAUUGAAAACUUUGAACAACACGGACACAAAACAUUGUGCAUACACCAGCGUGAUUUUAUUCCCGGCGAAGAAAUAGCAAAUAACAUUUCAAAUGCAAUUCAUGAAAGUAGAAAAACUAUCUGUAUUGUAACUAGAUCUUUUCUGGAUUCGUAUUAUUGUAUGUUCGAAUACAAUAUGGCCAGAAUGGAAAGUAUUUAUUCUAGAAACGGACAAAAUAUUCUAUUUUUAGUAUUCUAUGAACAGAUACGUCCAAAGGAGCUUCCAUUGGUUAUGUUAGAACUUGUGCAGCAACAUUCCUAUAUAGAAUAUCCACAUGAUGAACAAGGAAAUGUAGUUUUCUGGGCUAAAUUGAUUGAAGCUAUUAGUUAAUUGCAUACCACUAAAUGAUGGAACGUACACAGGUUCAAUCCAUCACGCAAUAUCCAAUCGAUACACGAGACUAUCUUCUGUGGAAAGCUGACAUGUGUCAAUGAUAUUGUGUUUUAUUUGUAGCAUACAAAAUUAGAAACAACAAACAAUAUUUUAACACUUACGGUUCUAUAUCCUGUCAAAAAUCGUGAUCGUCAUUGCAAAAUAAGUCUUGUUUUCUUAGAAUGGUAACGACGUCAUUAACUAAAUCUAUUGGAUGUGUACUGAUUGACAUUCUUUUUAUAAAAUUUGUA